AACUACAAUUAUAUUUGAUGCUAUUGUUUUCCAGAGAUGAUUAAUCUUAAAUUGAUUGUUAAAAACCGGAAUUAUGCUCUUGAGCUGUCGGAUCUGAGAAAAAAAAAAUCCGUCCAAAUUUCUGAUGCAGCUUCUAGUAUUAAAUCGAUGACACAUUUAUUAUAAUUUAUAAUCAUCAAUACUACAAACAUUGGCUGUGCAAAUAUUAUUUCUGAAUUUAAAAUAUCAUAUGUAAAAAAGAAAUAUCGAGCAUUAAUAGUAUGCUAAGGCUGAUGACCAUGAAUCAGAAGGCCGUCAACUCUCAAAAGUUCCCCAGAAUAGGAAGAUCCAGCACUGAUAUAUAAAAAGUACGGAUAUCUUCUUACUGUCAGACGAUUAGUUUUCUUUGAACCAUCAGUAUUCCAAUAAUGAAGGGCGGAGUUAUUAUUUGUGCAAUUAUUAUCUGUGAAUUAAUAAAUGGAUUUACUGCAGCGCCGUUUGUUUUUCCUGGACCUUCAUCAGAUGAUUAUUCAGACUUUGGUGUACCUGAAGGGCGCGAAUUAUUUGGACAUAGAAAGCAUAACUUUCCAAGAGGUCAUGGCUGUCGAGGUCACGGCUGUCUCGGCAUUGGACCAAGACCGAGACCAAGACCGGACCACGGGGGUUAUUACCCGAACAAUAAUCAGGCUGGUACCUUCGCCACAGCAUCCGCAGGAUCUUCUGGAGCCGGCAAUACCCAAGCGAAUGCUCAAAGCGCAAGUUUCAAUUUCGGACCUUUCUCGGCUUCUUUCAGCUCAGCUCAAGCGUCUUCUGGCAACCAGCCUCAGUUUUCUUCUUUCCUGAACUACGACUACUAGAUGCAGCCGAUCUAAUCCUAAAAAAAAAAAACUUAUUUAUUAUAUAAAUUUUAAAACAAUAAAUAAAAAUAAAAUAAAAAAACUGACGGUGUUGCAUGUUAAGUUUUUCUUUAAAAUGCAUCUUUAAGAUUUCUCUGAAGCUUACGAGCUCUUUGUCCGGUUCCAGCCACCAGAUGUUCUUUAAAAUAAAAUCGGCAAGAUUUUUUUGCUGAUGAAACAAGGGGAGAGAGAAGGAAAGAACUAAAGAGUAAAAAUCAAAGAGAAAGUCUGAGGAAUAAAAAAGAUAAAAGG